UGCUUUUAGGCUUUUUAGCUCACAUAUUUAGAUAUUAUUAUAUUAUAUUAAUAUUUUAUAGUAAGUCAACACGAUGCGGAGACGAGCAGGAGUGGGAGCCAUCCAAAAGCAAAAAUUGGAGCAAGAGAAAUACAGAGAGAAAGGGUCCGAAAUACAAGAGAAUCAGUUCCAGCAGAUGUCCAAACAACUAGAAGUGUUUAGGGAAAACUUAGAGGAAUUCGCGACGAAACAUAAGAGCGAGAUAAAGAAGAAUGCUCAGUUUCGUAGACAGUUCCAGGAAAUGUGCGCCGCCAUCGGUGUAGACCCUUUAGCUUCUGGAAAAGGGUUUUGGUCAGUUCUUGGCAUUGGCGACUUUUAUUACGAGCUAGGAGUCCAAAUAGUAGAAGUAUGCAUGGCAACAAACUACAAGAACGGUGGUCUGAUCACGCUUGAGGAGCUCCGAACGAGGCUGAUUGCAGCCAGGGGGAAAGCUAAGAAGCAUCAGGAUAUUACUAACGAAGACUUGUUAGCGGCUGUUAAAAAGUUAAAGAUAUUUGGGAAUGGGUUCACAGUAGUACCCAUAGGCAAGGGCAGAUGGCUGGUGCAGUCAGUUCCCGGAGAGCUGAACCUGGACCAAACGCUAGUCCUGCAGAAGGCCAGUGCCCUGGGCACGGCGUGGAUCUCCGCUAGCAUACUUACUGGGGAUUUAGGUUGGAACGAAACUCGAGCACAGAACGCGUUAAACCAUAUGGUGAAGGAGGGCCUUGCAUGGAUCGACACACAGGACAAGGAGAUGCUGUACUGGUUCCCUAGCAUGUUCUCAGAGUGUGUGGCGGCGCAAUAGUAGGUUAUUUGUCGCUUUUUCAUGAAAUAUUAGAGUUAUAUGUGUAACAAAGGGCUUUGCAAGGGUGACGAAUUGACGAUCAAUGAUAGAACAUGCCAAUCGAAAGUUUGGUUUGGUUAGUGUGAGUUGAUUAAUAAUAUAAAUAAAUAAAUAAAUGAAAUGUGUGAAAAUAGUCAUGUGAAGUUUUGUAGAAUCUACUGAAUAUAUUGAAGACGGGCGCGGCCACCAAGGACCUUCAACACUUUGGUGAACGAACAUAGAACGAACAAUCGUGCAUGACUUUAAGGCUGCUUUCAAGAAAAACGUCAAAAUAAUGUAAAAUUGAUAGUUUAGUCGGUGAAAUACUACACUUUCCGUUAUCUAAUAGAUAUAUUUAAUUCAAAUUUCAAUUAGAGCAUCUUAUUAUCUUGAUACUUAUCAGAUUGGAUUUUAGAAAAGUAACUCAUUAAAUUAAUUAUGAAUUUUUCUCUGAUGCACGUUUAGGAAAACCCGCGUAUAGUGCUGGAUUAGUCGAUCUUAUUUGUAAAAUUUGGACAAUUUGGAAUACUGAAACUGGUAAAUUUAUA